AAUGCCGUCCUCACGGAACAUUCCACGCAACCCAAUAUAUAUACAUUCACGUAGGGUUUUUGUACCCCCUUUUCAGCAUAACAGAAGAGUGACGAACUCAACAAUGGGGAAAGCACAGCAACAGCACGGCGGCGAUGACGAAUUGGAUGCCACUCAAUACUUUGAAAACAGAAAGAAAGCACUCAUGUCUGAGAAGGAAGCUGGGAAAAAUAUUUACCCUCAUAAACAUGAAUUAUCCAUGACUGUUCCCGAGUUCAUUGAGAAAUACAAGGAUCUGGAAAGCGGGGAGCAUCGCGAUGAGCAAGUUUCUUUAGCCGGACGGAUAAUGAUCAAACGCGAGUCUUCCUCCAAGCUGGUGUUCUAUGACUUACAUGGAUGGGGCGCCAAAGUUCAAGUAAUGGCGAAUGCCAGGGAAUCUGAAUUGAAUGAGCAGGAUUUCAUUAAACUUCACUCUUCUGUGAAGCGUGGUGAUGCUAUUGGUGUUGUUGGCUCCCCAGGUAAAACAAAAAGAGGAGAGCUGAGUAUUUUUCCAAAAUCAUUUAUCGUGCUAAGUCAUUGUGUCCAUAUGAUGCCACGGCAGAAGGGAGCCCAGGCUGAAUCCAAGAAAACAGAGGAAUGGGUCCCUGGGAUGCCUAGAAACCCAGACACUUUUAUAUUGAAAGAUCAGGAAACACGGUACAGACAACGCUAUUUGGAUCUUAUGCUGAAUCCGGAGGUCCGACAUAUCUUUAAAACGAGAACAAAUAUAAUAAAUUUCAUAAGAAGUUUCCUUAACAAUCUUGACUUCCUGGAGGUUGAGACUCCCAUGAUGAACAUGAUUGCUGGAGGAGCAGCCGCACGCCCUUUUGUCACUCACCACAAUGAAUUGAAUAUGAGGCUUUACAUGCGCAUUGCACCUGAACUCUAUCUUAAACAGCUAGUCGUUGGUGGACUGGAACGUGUCUAUGAAAUUGGGAAGCAAUUUAGGAAUGAGGGUAUUGAUUUGACACACAAUCCUGAAUUCACUACCUGUGAGUUUUACAUGGCUUAUGCAGACUACAAUGACUUGAUGGGACUUACUGAGCAAAUGCUUAGUGGGAUGGUGAAGGAGCUUACAGGUGGCUAUAUAAUCAAGUAUCACGCAAAUGGCGUGGAUAAAGAACCUAUUGAGAUAGACUUCACCCCACCUUUUAGAAGGAUUGAUAUGAUCGAAGAUCUAGAGAAAGUGGCAAAUCUCAGUAUACCCAAGGAUCUUGCUAGUGAUGAGGCUAACAAGUAUCUAGCGGAUGCAUGCACCAAGUUUGAGAUAAGAUGUGCCCCCCCUCAGACUACAUCUAGAUUGCUCGACAAACUUGUCGGGCACUUCCUUGAAGAGAUGUGUGUUAAUCCAACUUUUAUCAUCAACCAUCCUGAAAUAAUGAGUCCACUCGCGAAAUGGCAUAGGUCUAAGCCUGGGUUGACUGAACGAUUUGAGCUGUUUGUCAACAAGCACGAACUUUGCAAUGCAUACACUGAGUUGAAUGAUCCUUUUGUUCAACGUCAACGUUUUGCUGAUCAGCUCAAGGACCGGCAAUCUGGUGAUGAUGAAGCAAUGGCAUUUGAUGAAACUUUCUGCACAGCACUUGAAUACGGAUUACCACCUACAGCUGGAUGGGGAAUUGGUAUUGAUCGACUUGCAAUGAUUUUAACUGACUCACAAAACAUCAAGGAAGUCAUAUUCUUUCCAGCUAUGAGGCCUCAAGAGGAAACAAGUAAAGAAAGCCAAAACAAAUUGAGCGAACAAACAAAGGCUAAAGAUGCACAAAACCAAACCAAUUGUAGUGCCACCCCAGAGGCAUCAUGAUACCAUUUUUCAAGCUGAACGAUGGAGAUGGAGUUGAAUGAUGUACUUGAAAUGUUCAAGAGUUUCAUAUGUAUUCUAUUUUUGGAUGAUUUAAUGCUUCAUGCACAAACCAAAUGUCUUUAUGUGCUCUGCAGAGGACAUUAUAUAUCACGAGAAUUAGAUUAUACUAGACUAUUAAUUCGUGCUAUUGAGUUUUUGACCACACUCAUCUUGUUUUUAUGAUUUUUGAAAUUUUACUAAAAUUAGACAAAACCUU